AUGUGGUCCGCCCCAAGGUCGCCGUCCCACGGCCGCACCUGCUCUGCCCCAAGGGCGCCGUCCCUGGCACGCGGCCGCCCCGUCCCGCGGUCGCCGCCGCCGGCAAGCGCGUGCCUGGCCCCCAAGGUCGCCGUCCCCUGCCCGCUGCUUGUCCGCCCCGAGGUCGUCGCCGCCGGCACGCACGUCGCCUCGGCCGCUCUGCCCCAAGGACGCCGUCUUUGGCACGUGCCUGCCCCACCCCCGCGGUCGCCACCGCCAGCACGCGCGUGUCCCACCCUCCAAAGUCGCCGUCCCCAUCCCGCUGCUACUCCGCUCCGAGGUCGCCGCCACCGGCACGCACUGCGCCUAGGCCGCUCCGCCCCGAGGGCGCCGUCCCUCGCACGCGCCUGCCCCGUCCCGUGGUCGCUACCGCCGGGCCGCGCCUACCCCGUGGCGGAUGUUCUUGGCACGCGCGUGCCCCGCCCCUAA